UUGGUGCCACAAAGGAGGUUAGUGGCGUAUUGUGAAUGUCACAGCACUGAAGCAUUGGAUUUUUCUGGCAGAAGUUACAUAAAUCUAUAUACUGUAAUGCUCUGGACCGACAGUAUUGGAAGAAUGGGUAACCUCGUUCCUUGAAGGAGAGGAGACUCUUAAACUAGCUUUACAUAUUGAGAGAGAAACAUCUGAUUUUCAUUCUCACCCUCUCACAUUGCUGUGGGUGUGGAGUCACGUGCAGAGUGAAGUCUUGACCCAGGGAUACCUACCCUACCAAACCUUGAAGAGUCAGGAUUCAGCACUGGAAUUCAAAGAUUGCGCAGAGCGGACUGACCUCAUGGGUAGCCAGGAGCCAGCAGCAACCCCAGACGCUAUGGUACAGCCGUACGCUACAGUUCCAUUCCCUCCCCCUCCUCCUCCUCCUCCUCAGAAUGGAAUUCCAACAGAAUACACUGUUCCACACACUCAGGACUACACAGGCCAGACGCCAGUCCCAGACCAUACUCUGAAUAUCUACGCAUCCAGUCAGACUCUUGGGGAACAGAGUGGCACAAUUGCCAAUGUGCAGCCUGUAUCUGGAACCGCCACACAGACAGAUGAAGCAGCACAAACGGACGGGCAGCAGCAAACACAGAACACUGAGAGCAAUGAGAGCAAACCCAUCCCCAAACGGCUUCAUGUCUCCAACAUUCCCUUCCGGUUCCGUGAUCCUGACCUCAGGCAGAUGUUUGGGCAAUUUGGUAAAAUCAUAGAUGUAGAAAUUAUAUUUAAUGAGCGUGGCUCAAAGGGAUUCGGGUUCGUAACUUUCGAAUCUAGUGCUGAUGCCGACAGGGCGAGGGAGAAAUUACACGGCACGGUGGUUGAGGGCCGUAAAAUAGAGGUAAACAAUGCCACUGCUCGUGUGAUGACUAAUAAGAAAAUGGUCAGCCCUUAUGCAAAUGGCUGGAAGCUGAGCCCUGUGGUUGGUGCUGUCUACAGCCCCGAAUUUUAUGCAGGUCCUGCGUCACUAUCAUCUUUACCCUUUCAUUUACACCCAGUUGCCUCUACAGCACUCAGCCCAACUCACAAUGUUCCUGGUUUCCCAUACCAAGCAGCCACCACCGCAGCUGCAUUGAGAGGUGCCCUGAGAGGACGAGGUCGUGCAGUCUACAGUGCAUUCCGUGCAGCAGCGCCCCCCACCGCCAUUCCAGCCUAUGGAGGAAUAGUGUAUCAGGAACCAGUGUAUAGCAGUAAGUUACCGCAGGGUGGAUAUGCAGCCUACAGGUAUGCACAGCCAGCAACUGCUACUGCCACUGCAUACAGUGACAGCUAUGGUCGUGUUUACACUGCAGACCCCUAUCACACACUUGCUCCUGCUCCCACCUAUGGAGUUAGCGCUGUGGCUAGUUUAUACCGAGGUGGAUACAGCCGUUUCGCUCCCUACUAAAAGUGAUGUGAACUCCUGCAGUGGGAACAGUCCCUUCCCAAGGCCUGGGUGUUGCAAUAUUACAAGUAGUGGAACUUUAUAGCAACUCAACACGAAAAAAAAUACACAAGAAAGCGAGGAAAUCAUUACACGAGAGAGAGAGAGAGACCUACUUUUUUAUACCUCAUUACGUUCUUCUAAACAUGUAUUUUUUUUCCUUAUGUUUCUGCCUUCAUUUUUUUUGUUCCAAAGAUUGUGCAAACAGUUUUUAACUGUGGUAUAAAAGUGCAUUUCUUUGUGUGUGUAGUGACAUUUAUGAAAUCAGCUUCAUCCGACAAAAGAGAAUCAGAAGAAACUAAAAAAUAUUAGUCACAAAAACAAGUUAGUGAAAGCCAAAAGUGAAAUUGGGUGCCCAUUGGAAGCUGGUCCCAGGUACUGCAUGUGUGGAACGGCAGCAACAAAAGGAUUGUAAUUACCAAGAUUCCCGGAGACUCUGGGAAUGCAGAAUUUCACCACUUAAGGUGGGUCUGUGCAGAAUGGGGAGGGGCUGGGGGAUGGAAAUUGUCCUGUGUGCAAGUUGAUGGAGCCAGUUUGCGUUGUGCUUUGUUUUUGGAGUGAGGAGAGCAGCAGCUUCCAACUGUUCACCAUUUCCAGAGUUGGUUAGCCUAAAUGGUGCCUAUUUACACCUGACUAAACAGCAAGAACCAAAAAGAAUUACAAUCAAACUGCAAAGUGAAUGCGUCAUGAACUUGUUUUUUUUCCUUUUAAUGAUACGUUCCAGACUCUGACCACGUUCCCCCCGCCCCCCCCAAUGAUCUACAUUCAUCUGAGCAAAUUUGCUUUUAAAGAAUUGAUUAAAUGCAUUAGGAUCCCUGUAGAUUUACAGAGGAAAUCCAAAUGCAGAAACCCUCCUGGUGUAAAUGGGACUGCUUUUAUACUUCACUUUCAGUUAGCACCAUUAUGAAAUACAGUCCAAAAGUGUUGGCACUAAUUGCAUGCAUAUUUUAAUUGCAUCAAUCCUAGCAUUAGUGUGUGCAUUAUAUUAUCCAAUUCAUUUGUAUCCCUAUGUUUUUUAAUGUAACCUAGAAUGUGCUCUGAUUGGCUUGACAUCCUUACAUUCAGCAGGCUUACAAUUUGAAAACUGGUGACUUUAUAAUUCAACCAUUUUGUUAACCCUAAUCAUUACUGCAGAUUUUAGUUGCUUUUUUGUUUGUAGCUUUUAUUUCGUUUGCCUCUGUUUUUGGUGAGUAACAAAAUCAGCAAUGGAGAUGCUGCACAGAAAAUGGUCCAUGUGGCCUGGCCCUGACUAUCAGGUGUAAAAUGAAGGUGUGAAUUGGAGGGAGGGACAGAUAGGUAGCUUAUUAGUUGAAAGGUUGCCCCCAACAAAGAUUUGGGAGGAUAGCCAGUCACCCAGUUACAUCUUGUAAGAAGGCAUGAAUUCCGCACUAUGUUGGCAAAUAUUUUAGAGGCAUUCAUGAUGCCAUAUCAGAUAUGUUAAUUUUUUUUAAAGUUCAAAGUUGAGCAGGUAUGAGAGAGCUAAAUUCACUCCUUGAGACUGUAGUUCAAGCUGAAGCUAAUAGUUUAUUUUGUGCGAGCUCAGGGCUGGCCCAGACCUUUCUAUUCUGCACCGGUGUUCCUGGGGCACUGCUCUCUGUUUUCAAAGCCCAUUUAUAUCUCUGCACUGGGAGACGUGGAUUGAAAGAGAAGUGCACUUUCAUGUUUAGGACAAGUGCAGUUGCUGCCAGAGCUUCUGAUCAUGCAGUAUCCAGCAAGAUGGUGUGUACUGCACCGACUUAGUAAGCUGUUUAAAGAAAAAGGGACACUAGUCGUAGAUACCACACUGCCGCCCUUAAAUUAUGAUAUUGUUUUGCAAGCCAAAGCGUGGUUUGUCGCUGUAUGACAAUUAUGUUUUUUUGUAUAUAAAAUAUUUUAGUUGUCAUUGUAAUGGGGAAACAUUCACAGAAACGUUUCAUCACAGAGGAAGGAGUUUAAAUUGGGAACUAGGCGUGGCGCUUGAUGGCAUCUCCUGGUAGUGCUCCUGUUAGUGUAGUCUCGCAUGUAAAAUGUUAAUAUAGAGGAAGGAAAACUUAGAAGCCACCGGCGGCUUGUAUUAGUGGGAGGUGUUGUUCUGCGUCACACCAGGUUCAAUGAUCACUUUCAUUCCUAUGACUACAAAUCACAUUCUUUUACUUAGAUUCACUUUUAUAUUAUACCAGCGGACGUUUUAGUAACUUAGCACUACAGCUGCACUCUACUCCACUGACUGCCAAAUAACCCAUUGGUAAUGUUCUCGCAGCAAUUAUUCUCUUGAAUUUUUUUGGCUUUGUAAGAGUCUCAUAACAGCUGUAGAAUAAUCAGAAUCUUUGGAGGGAACAAUUUCAGAUUAGAGUUCUCUUUUUGGAUAAAAAUGGUCUUGCUUCUAGCAGGAACUGGUUGUGUUCAGUGAACAGCUCGCUGUGUGGAUAAAUGUCCAACAGCCCCGUCCAUCAGGUCAGGUUCUAUGGGACUGACGAGUUUUAUUUUCUUUGUUUUGUGUUUGUGUGUGGGGGGUUGGGGGGGAGGUGUGUGUGUGUGUGUGUGUGUGUGUUUUUUUCAGACAGUACCCAUGCACAGCUUGUGGCUGCGUCCCGACUGGAAUAGGAGCUCUCACACUUGGGUGUUAGUGACUAGGAAACAUUACCACAGUGGCAUGGCUGAUGCUGAUACUUGAAUCAUUUAAAUGUUCAGCCUUUUUAAAAACACCAUUUAUUUCUUUCCAUUUACUUGUAAAGACAGUUCACUCUACAUGAUCACUUCCCACAUGCCCUUCCCCCAAAAUAUCAGAGAAAUUCCAAACUUCCAUAACAGAUUCUUGCUCACCACCAGCCAGGGAGAGGACCUAACCUCCCAGCUUGGAGAGGAAAGGAGCAGAGAGUGGGGAAAUUAGAAAUUGUGCUGUUGUGCAGGCAUUGGAAAGGGAAUAAAAUAGGAGAAAACACUAAAGAGAAUUAAAAAAACCAUGCGCAGAUGGUAUUUAAUCUUCCUAGAAAACUACCAUUAACACUGUCCUGACCCUGAUCUGCCUUGUUUUGUGAACGUUUCCCUGGAAGGUAUGAUAUAUCGUAUAGUAGCUUCAUCACCGAGCAGUAUUCAUUGGGUUAUAAUUAGAUAUAAUCAUGAAUGUUAAGUAGAUAGGACAUGGACUAUUAUUCCUUUUGUAUUACUUCCCAUGUAUAAAUUAUUGAUCUUGUUGCUGGCUUUUAUAAACUCGAAGGAAGGGGAAUCCCUUCCUAACAGUAAUAAAGCACUGUUUUUAAAAUAAAACAAAAAUGGUGAGAACACAA